AUGCACGACGCCUGGAGCCGCGGCGCGGCCAGAUUCAUCGUCCUGGCAGCACUAUCAUCGUCCGCCCAUGCCAACACUGUGACAAUUGAUCCGCAGCCCAAGCAGACACUGACCUCAUUCGGUGCGUCUGGAGCAUGGUGGCCGAACGAUCUGGUCCACUUUCCCCCAAGCACGCAGACAGCUCUCGGCGAUUUCCUGUUCUCGCAAGAUGGUCUAUGGCUGUCCUCCUACCGCUACAAUAUGGGCGGUGAUGGUGGCGACGAUACCCAGGAAGUGACUACGAACGGCUCUCGGGUCGAAUCUUUCCUACUCCGCAAUGGCACCUACGACUGGAAUCGCGAUCAAGCAGGAGUCAAGUUUCUGAAGAUGGCUCAACAAUAUGCAGUCCCGUACGCUUCAGCCAUGCGAGCAGUAAUUGGCAAUCUUACUGACCCUGUCAACAGAUACAUCACAUUCUUCGUUAACGCAGCUCCUUCUGCUAUUGCAGGCAAUGGUGCGGCAUGCGGCUGGAGCUUCACUGCAGACAAGAUCACCUCGUUUGCGGACUACAUCACUACUGUGCUCUCUUACUGGCUUUCGCAUGGCAUUACCGAGCUGAAAUAUAUCAGCCCGAUGAAUGAGCCAGACAACAACCGGUCAGACUGUGGUCAAGAGGGCAUGGCCGUCGUUCCGUCCCUGCGUGCACCACUAUUCAAAGCUUUGCGAUUAGCACUGAACGACUCCAGCGCUAGUAGCGUCGAUAUCAUCGGCGACGAGACUAGUCGAGUGGUGGAGCAGGCACUACCAGAAGACCCAUACUGGCUUCCGGCAUCAGCUCCCGAUCUCUCGAAUAUUGCGAUCCAUAACUACGAUUAUCCGGAUGAUGCGAACCUCACCAUAUACUAUGAGUCAAUACGGAGCCUGACUGGUGGCAACCCACCACCUGUCAAAUUCACCGAAACCUGCUGCAGUACCACAGCUGGUAGCGGACCAUCAGUGUUCGGCGCACAAUACGAUCCGACAAUGGCGAAUGCCUUGAUCGUGGCACGCUAUGUGUGGCAAUUCCUAACACUGGUCCAAGCAGAAUCUUUUGAUUGGUGGACCGCUGCCACAACACUGCCAUGCUCGCCGAAGAUCGAUGGCAUCCAGUGCGCGACGUCGAUCAACGAGACAGCAGGCUACAAUUCAGGAUUGGUGUACUACGACCCCAACUAUAAUGAGACACGGGACUUCAACAUCUACUACACUAAGCGUGCAUUCAUGCUCAAGCACUUUGCCUACUUUCAUCGCCCUGGCAGUGUUCGCUACGACAUUCCGCAGCAGCAGCUUCCGUCUGGAGUGAAUGCUAUCGCGUCCAAGAUGAGCAGCAGCGGGAAUAGCAACCAGCAUUUUUUUGGCUGGGGCUGGGGCUCCGGCUGGGGUCAUGGUCAGGGUAGUGCUGGCACGUGGAGUGUCUUGUUCAUGAACAACCAGACCACUGCUGUCAGCAUCACAUUGCAAAGCCCAGAUCCCGCAGCCUCUAUGACUAGGCUGGUUCAGACCACGAACCAGGACGACUUCGUCGAUGUGCAGAUUCCGAAGUCGUGGCGUGGCGUUGUACAACUAGAGCUUCCGGCUCAGAGUCUUGUCACUGCGCAAUUCGCAUGA